UUUAGAAAGUCUUUAUAAAAUUCCCUGCUGUGAUGUACUAUAGCAAAGGUUGGUUUUCCCAUUUUCACAAAAUGAGAGCCUUCCCUGCAGCACUGCUUCUCCUCCCUUUAGUCGCGCUGCCGAGCUCCUGUGCUGUGAUUCCCACAGACUGCGAUGCUACUGAAUCCUUUGCUGAGAAAGCCCUAGACUUGAUCAAUAAGGGACGGCGGCAUGGUUACCUUUUCCAGUUGCUGCAGGUCGCUGAUGCCCAUGUGGACGAAUCGGAGUCUGUGGCUGUCUAUUAUUUAGUCUUGGAUGUGAAAGAAUCGGACUGUUCAGUCCUAUCCAGGAAACACUGGAAUGACUGCAAGCCAGCUCUUUCUGCACGUUUAUCCGAUAUAGUGAUCGGACAGUGUAAGGUAAUAGCUACAAAGUGUUUGAAUGAAUCUCAGUAUCUUAGAGUGAACGACUUUAACUGUACCACAAGUUCUGUCUCUUCAGCACUGGCCAAUACUAAAGACAGUUCCAUCCUAUUUGACUUCUUCGAAGAUACUCAGCCUUACAGAACACAAGCUGACAAAGCCCUUGAGAAGUACAAACAGGAGAAUGGAGAUUUUGCCUCUUUCAAAGUGGACCGGUUGGAGAGAGUUGUCAGAGCGAGAGGAGGGGAAAGAACCAAUUACUAUGUGGACUUCUCUGUAAGGAACUGCUCCGUCAGCCACCAUUUUCACAGGCACCAUAAUGCCUUUGGAUUCUGCAGAGCAGAUUUGUCCUAUGAUAUAGAAGUCUCUGACUUAGAAAGUCCAAAAGACAUUGCCAUAAACUGUGAAGUCUUCAACUUUGCGGAACAUAGAAAUUUCAGUGGUAAACACCACCAUUUUGGCCAUCCCCAUGGACCUCCUCCUCAUGGACCUCCUCCUCAUGGACCUCCUCCUCAUGGGCAUCAUCCCCAUGGACCCUGUCCCCAUGGACGCCCUCCCUUUGGGCCCCCUCCCCAUGGACACCCUCCCCAUGGACACCAUCCCCAUGGACACCCUCCUCAUGGGCACCAUCCCCAUGGACACCCUCCCCAUAAACACCAUCCCCAUGGACACCAUCCCCAUGGACACCCUCCCCAUGAACACCAUCCCCAUGGACACCCUCCUCAUGGACCCCCUCCCCAUGGACCCCCUCCCCAUGAACACCAUCCCCAUGGACACCCUCCUCAUGGACCCCCUCCCCAUGGACCCCCUCCCCAUGAACACCAUCCCCAUGGACACCCUCCUCACGGACCCCCUCCCCAUGGACCCCCUCCCCAUGAACACCAUCCCCAUGGACACCAUCCCCAUAAGCAUCAUCCCCAUGACCAUGAUUUCCUUGACCAUGGGCCUUGUGACCUACCACCCCAUAGCCAGAGUCCCCAAGAUCACCAUCGCCAGGGCCAGGGCCCACCACCUCAGCACUCAGAAGAAAGAGGUCCAGGUAAAAAGCACUUUCCCUUCCACCGGAGACAAAUCGGAUAUGUUUACCGACUCCCUCCACUAAAGAAAGAUGAAGUUCUUCCUCUUCCCGAAGCCAAUUUCCCCAGCUUCUCAUUGCCAGACCACAGCCAUCCUCUAAAGCCAGAGAUCCAGCCCUUCCCUGAAUCAGUUUCUGAAUCAUGUCCAGGGGUAUUUAAGAAUGACUUUUCAAAUAUCUCAAAAUUUUUUGCAUACUCACUUCCAAAAUAAAAAUUGAUUUUCUCGAUGGGGAAAAAUUAAUGUUCUGACUUAGAGCCAUAAAUAAAAUACAACCAAUAAUAAAUGCAAAA